AUGAAGAGGAAGCGAGAAGAAGGGGACGACCAGGUGGCUGAAGUUGAAGAUGGAAGCCCACCAUCACUCCUGUUAUCCAUGCCCGAUCUUGUGCACUACGAACUAAUGGCGUGGCUUGACGUGGCAUCAGCGCUGAGCGUGGCUGGCACCUGUCGCAAGGGGCGAGCGCUCGUGCUGCAUCACCACAAGGCCGCCCAGCUUGUGGUGGGCUUCUUGGUGCGCCACCUACUGUCCGUCGCCGCACGCUACACCAGCUUUUACGAAAGGUUGGAGCUCUCCUAUGCGGCGCAGGCCCUGGCCCGCCGGUUGCCUCUGCCCAACCUCGCCCUCGAUGACAGUGGCAUCGGCCCGAAUGGCCAGUCGGUGGGCGAUGAUUGCGGUCAGGAGAACGAAAGUGAAGAAGGAGAAGAAGAGUCGGAAGACAUGCGAAUCGAGGAGGAAGAGUUCAAGAUGCUUCUGGAAGAGGGGAAGACUUACGUCGAACGGCCGGUGCCGCCACACCCGCGACACGGCCUACUGGACAUGCUCGACGCCGUGUGGGUGCGCAUCACUGCACGAUUGCGGCAACACAAGAUCGAGCAAGAGGAGUACUGGGGCGAGUACCGUGGCUUCCGCCAUCCACCCGCCAGCGAGCUCGUCGAGAUAACAUCGUCUGCAAUUGUGUUGGCUAGAGACGUGGACCUGGGAAUGCUGUGGGGGUGUUCAAGGUUGCUUGACGUGGCAUCAGCGCUGAGCGUGGCUGGCACCUGUCGCAAGGGGCGAGCGCUCGUGCUGCGUCACCACAAGGCCGCCCAGCUUGUGGUGGGCUUCUUGGUGCGCCACCUACUGUCCGUCGCCGCACGCUACACCAGCUUUUACGAAAGGUUGGAGCUCUCCUAUGCGGCGCAGGCCCUGGCCCGCCGGUUGCCUCUGCCCAACCUCGCCCUCGAUGACAGUGGCAUCGGCCCGAAUGGCCAGUCGGUGGGCGAUGAUUGCGGUCAGGAGAACGAAAGUGAAGAAGGAGAAGAAGAGUCGGAAGACAUGCGAAUCGAGGAGGAAGAGUUCAAGAUGCUUCUGGAAGAGGGGAAGACUUACGUCGAACGACCGUUGCCGCCACACCCGCGACACGGCCUACUGGACAUGCUCGACGCCGUGUGGGUGCGCAUCACUGCACGAUUGCGGCAACACAAGAUCGAGCAAGAGGAGUACUGGGGCGAGUACCGUGGCUUCCGCCAACCACCCGCCAGCGAGCUCGCCGAGAUAGGGCUCGUCCUCACCAUCAGGGGUCGUGCCCUCAGUCUCGCUCUCGCUCACCCCUUCUUCUUCCUUGGCGGAAUGAGCGUGGCACUUUGUGCCUGCUGGAGGACGGCGACGAGCGGCAAAGCGGCGCUCAUCAUAGCACUUGGGGUCAGGUGA